AUGGGGCGAAUCGCUCAAAUUCUCAGCAGCCGGAAAGCAGACAACCCAGCAUCGACACGGUUCACAACAAUGAAUACGCAUCAGAUCAUCCGCGAGCUGAAACAAGCAGACCUAACACUGAUAGCGCACUCAAUCAAACGAGGCGCGUUGAAUUUCCUCACAGCAUACGCCGCGCAGAAUCAGCGCAAGCAAAAGUACAUUCCGCUGUUAGCAAAGCAUGGCGAUGGCAAAGCCACAAUGCACAACACGAUUCGCUACAUCACCGAACACGUGCCGUUAGCGAAAGUGAUCGGAACCCAAAAGGCAACAUGA